GUUCCAGUGUCCCCCGUGACCGUUGUCCACUGUAAGAUGGGUGCCUGUUGUACAAAGAAGCGGACCCUGGACCUGACCCGUCUGGACCUGACUCAGGUGUUCUCGGACUAUAUCUGGCACAAGCUGUACCCGGAGGAUGUGGGGAAACUCAAGGCCAUGAUGACACGGAGGAACAAGUGCAAGGUGGAAAUCAGAUGGGAAUACCUUCAGAAGACCAGCUCCACGGAGUGGCACGACCGAGCUCAGGACAUCGACAAGGAGCCCGAGGAGCCAGUCUGCAUGCACUUCGCUCAUUACGAGAACAACACAGGCGAAGAACAGAAGUUCAGCUUCGGCGCCGAGCGGGAAACUGUGUCGUCUGCUACCUUUGAGUUCAUGGAGAGCUACACUAUGGGAAAAGAAGCAAGCAUUGAAAUUGGGAUCCCGGAUUAUUUGAAAAUCGGCGCUGGCGUCCACGAAGAGGUCACAAUGGAGAAAAGCAACAGCAAAACGUUCGAAACUCGACUCCAGUGGAGUAUCAAUUCCGACAUCAGUGUCAACAUCGGGCAGAAAACCAAGGCCGAGAUGAAGAUUGUGGAAAAGAAAACUCUUUCGGACUUUACCGUCGUCAACAAAAUGAGUUACAACGAGAACAAGGAGACCAACGAACGGCGUCUGCCAUACGUUAUCAAAGAUAAGGAUGAUAACAUUCUCUCUGUUGGGAGCAUUUUAAACCUCGAGGCGCCAUUCCGGGGUCGUCUGCCGGAGAAGUGCAAGAUGGUUACAUUCGAAGAUGGCGGACGGAGUAUGGUCAUCCGAGUUUCUGGCACGUGCAAAAGCAUCACGUGGCAGGAGCAGCACGUGAAGGUCGAGUCUGAGAAACUACCCUAGAACAAAACGUCUGUUCACGUUGUCAAGAUGGCUUCGUAACGUAUGCAACGCAGUGCUCAUGCGUUUCCCCAUUGCAAAUCAUGCGUGACACUAGUUAUGUAUGAUUUGUUUUGUAAAUAUGACAUUUUGUUUUAUAAUAUAUAUUUAUAGUCCAUCAAGAAUACUUGUGAAAUAUAUCUCUGAACAUUUGUAGCCUAUUUUUUUGUCAUAUUUCGUAAAGGCAAACAGAAAACAGAAAAAGAAUAGUUUGAGGUAGUGACGAUGC